AGAGAGGAGGAACCGCCCCGCGCUCGGCGAGAGCGAGCGAGCGCAUACUCUCGUUCCCGUGGCGUGUCAUCGCGGGCCGAAACGCCUUGGCGUCUUCAUUUGCUCCUGCCUGUCGUUUGGUGCACGUGCGUUGCUCUGCGCCCAUCUCUCCCGUGUGCGCGGAAAUCGUCGCGAAAACGCUUCUCUCGCGGGGCUCGCCCCCGCCGGCGCCGUACCACCACCACUCCGUGCGCUAGCUUCAGGAUACUCGCCUCGCGCUCUCGACAAGGAUUACGGCUCGAUGGACGACGCCAGACCGGGCCUGCCGGACGGCUGCUGCCCGCCGGGGCCGCUGUUAUGAGAGCGGGCCCGGCUUCUUCACCGGCGGCGGCGCAUCCCUGCUCCUCCGACGACGAGCGCGCGCCGGCGUUCAACAACAGUGCUCGUAGCAGCGUGUGCGCCGUGUUCGUUUCUUGUUGAUCUCGGGAGCCCUUUCUUGACGGCGGUGUCGUGCGCGUGAGGAUGCAUCAGCAGCAGCUGGCGACCCAUGUCUGACGUGCCGCGCCUGGCGGCCGCGGGCCUGCCGCUGCAGUUCCCCAGCGCCUUCGCGGCCGUGCACGCCGCCAUCCCCGUGGACCAGCGAACGCACGAAGGACGCUAUGUCUGGGAGCCGCGGCUGCACGCGUUUCCACAUGGCCCGGCAGCUGGACUGGCCGGGGCGGCCCUUCAGACUGCUGGACUGCAGGACAUGGCCUACCUGCAGCAGCAACAGCAGCAGCAGGUGCAGCAGCAGGUUCAGCAGCACCAGCAGCAGCAACGUCGCCAGAGCGCCGACGCGGCGGCCGUGGCGGCGGCGUUGCAGUCACCGUACCGGCUCAGCCCCUACAUGGACCAGAUGUACAGCCCCUUCCAGGCGAGCCCGCCGCUGGCGAUGCGGGUGCUCAGCCCCCUCGAUCACCGGGGAAUUCACAUGGAUUACAUCCAGCAGAUGGCAGCCCUGGGCCAAAGAGGUCUUAUGGACUUUCAUGCAGCGAGUGCAGCUGUCACACCGGACAUCACAUUCUCAGCCGAAGGAUCUCGGCUGGCUAGUCCCAGAGCUGGAGCACGUGGCCGCAAGCGGGCGCUCUCCAGCUCACCUUACUCGGAAGGCUUUGACAUUGGUUCCAUGAUCCGCCUCUCUCCCAACUCCUUGGUUUCCUUUAUGAAUGGAUCCCGGAGUUCCAGUGCCAGUGGCUCAUAUGGCCACCUUUCAGCAGGCACACUUAGUCCAGCAAUGAAUAUGGGCACACCUACUGUGGCAAGCCACCUGCAGCAACUUCAUCAGCUAAACCAGUUAAUGAGGCCACUGUUGUUGCCUGGGGCUGGUGCCUUCGCACCUCAGACCAUCCUACCUGCACCAGUUGUCCUGGGUGCUCCGCAAGGCAAGGUUGACACAAAGGAUGUUGCCAGCGGCCGGGAGACAGCCAGCAACAUUGUGAGCAGCACAGUGGACACAGAGGAGGCCCGGCGACGAGUCAAGAAGGAAAUCGACGGUGCGUCAGUAGACGAUGACCGGGAUGGCUCAGGGGACAUGAAGGAUGAACCGGGCGACUUCAUCGAGACAAACUGCCACUGGAAGGAAUGUACGCGCGAGUUCCCCACACAGGACGAUCUGGUCAAGCACAUCAACAACGACCACAUUCACGGCAACAAGAAGUCGUUUGUGUGCCACUGGAAGGAUUGCUCGCGGGAGGAAAAGCCAUUCAAGGCACAGUACAUGCUAGUUGUCCACAUGCGUCGCCACACAGGAGAAAAACCUCACAAGUGUACUUUUGAAGGUUGCUCGAAAGCCUACUCUCGCCUGGAGAACCUCAAGACACACCUGAGGUCACAUACCGGUGAAAAGCCAUACAUGUGCGAGUUUCCCGGAUGCACCAAGGCCUUCAGCAAUGCCUCGGACAGGGCCAAGCACCAGAAUCGUACCCAUUCCAAUGAGAAACCUUACGUGUGCAAGGCUCCUGGCUGCACCAAGCGGUACACAGACCCGAGCUCUUUGCGGAAGCACGUGAAGACGGUGCACGGGGCAGAGUUCUAUGCCAACAAGAAGCACAAGGGCUCUGAAGGUGGUCCUGGAGAUGGCAGCGGGGCUCUCAGAGAUGGCAUGGACCCGGCUGCUAGCAGUGAGGGUAGUCCCCGCUCUGAUGAUGGUGCCAGCAAGCUUGCCAGUGUGUCCAGUCCCAGUGUCAAGUCGGAGGACCAAGGCUCCCCUCAAAAUGACAGCAGUCCCUGUGAAGAAAGCACCACGGAUGGCCUUGGGUCAUUCGAUCAAGGCUCAAUGGAUGCUCCGAUUAGUGACAACAGUGUUUCCACCACCUGUGGCCAGCUGGAAGCCCUUGACACUAAUGACAAUGCUUGGGAUGUCAUGGACCCUGCAGACCUUGAGGUUGACGAGUUUGCAGCUGCAAUCACCUGUGCAGUAACGUCAUCGGGCAACCACACAGAAGCUGAAAGGAAUGCCCACAACCGGCUGAGAGGGAAGUUGCACGCUCCGUUCAAGAAUAUAGGAGGCGGCUCAUAUGUACCUGGACCACACAUAAGUGAAAUAGGUGGACACCUGCAUCGGCAUGGUGGGAGCCGGCAGCCAUAUGGAGGUGACAACCAGAAAAGUGUGGCCAGCUUUUGCAACUCGGCAAACACGAUUCAGGCUCCAGGUUGUACUCCUCGUCAGACCACCCUACUGAUAAGUCGCAGAGGCAGCAGUACAAGCACAGUGAGCUCCUUCUACAGCAGCAUGUGCUCUGACGCAAGCCCCCAGGCCUCAACUGGAAGCGAAGCCUCGCGCAGUCUGGCAACCAAUUCGUCGUGCGAUCCAAUAGCCAGCGGUUGCUCUUCGAGAAGGGCGCACGAUCCAAUCUCCAGCCUCUCUACUCACUUCCGAAGAGUCCACAUACCAACCUUGGCAAAUACGUCAAACCUAGUUGUUCAGCCACAAAACGCGGCCAUGACUGCCAGCAUGAUGCUGCCGCCUGCAACACCACAGAGCAUGGAAGUGCUACAUGAGCAUGAAGAUUCUUCCAGUAUGCAGUCGCAGUUGGGCUCACCUGGCUCACAGAACACACAGGUCGGUGCUUGUGCUCAAGGAGCCACGAGUGGUACAAGUGGUGCACCUCCUGGAGCCCUGGAGUACAGUGGUGACCAGCAACACCCCAACGAGGGAGCAGUGCUCAGCUGCGGAACUGACAAAGCAGUGGAAGAGCUGGAUGACUUGGUGCUGCCAGACGAGCUCAUCAACUACCUCGCACAGAGGGAGCGGCCGGGCUCCGCCAUGAGCCAAGCUGUAUCCAGCGUGAGCCAGUAUGACGAGAUCCGCAACAAGAACUGUGGGGCAACCACUGCGAGUGGCUCUCUGAGCAAUGGUCACUCGUGUUAUUCCAACUCCUCCUUUGCCAAGAACAGUCGUCAUUCUCAUGCAACCAAUCUGCAACGAAACGCCGCAUGUUCCAUGGGCUCCCAGCCUAAGAGCUGUGGCAGCGGCACAUGUCCACAGUCAGCAGGAUCCUCCGUUGCCACGGGGGGCAACCAACCAUUCUAUCAAGCUAGUCAGGAAGCUGUUCCAGGCUGCCAACCUGCCGGCAGCUGGCAUAUGCAGCAGCAGCACCAAAACAUCACGCAGCAACCUCACGCAGUUCCAAUGGGUCACUUGCCACAUGUUCCACCACCACACCAAGUUCCUCACCAGCCGGCUCACCAUUCAGGCAUGCAUCAAGCACUGCACGCACAGCAUGGUAAUGUGCCACACCAAGGUCCACAUUCUCCAGGUCAUCAUAACCAUCAAAAUUCGCAUCACGUGCACCAACAAGCACCUAGCUUUGGCCCCCAGCAGCAGCCUUACAGGCAGGCUCAGCAGCCAAGUCACGUCCGCCAGCCAGGAUAUUCAGCCUCAGUACCUUAUCAUCAUCAGCAGCAGCAACCAAGCUUCCAUCCUACUUACAACGUGCCUCCUCCUAGUUACUGUGAUAGAAACCAAUUCGGGCAUGGUGGCAGCAGCCAGCAGAGAUUUGCAGCCAGUGGACAAAUGGACAGCGAUAGUUGCGCAGGCAGUUAUAACCAUGUUCAAAACCAGCCAGUGAACUGCUGUCAUCAGCCGCAGACAAGUCACCCACUUCCACAGGACUGCCACUCACACCAGGUUAAUGGCCAUGCACCAGCCCCAGUGUAUGCCCAAAUGCAACCACCACCACCACCACCACCGCCGCCGCCCUACCAGCCAAACCACUGCCAGCAGCAACAUGGCAAUGUGCCACAUCAAGGUCCACGUUCUCCUGGCCACCAUCACAGCGGUAGCUGGUACUGCCAGUGUGGUUCAACAAGCUGUAAGAAUGUGCCACAUCAUCAACAGCCACCCACCCAUGGCAGUUACCAAACGAACCAUGCGCAACCAUAUCAAGAAAAUGGAAAUGUCUACAGGCCCAUGCCAAACAGUGCUGUCCACAUGCCUCAACCGAAUCUUGUUGUACAGCCGCAGCAGGUCUGCCACCCACCCGCAUCACCCAUGAGUGCUCCACUUCCUCCAUCACCAGCUCCCCAGACGCCCUCAGUGCAAUCCGCUGUGGCCACGUAUGGGACAUCUCACUCCAGCAGCUGCCAGGGAGCUUGCAUGCACAGAUCUCAAAGCAACCAGUGCAGCAGCUACCCGCCCUCUGCUAGAAACAGCUGUUUGGAGAAACAUGCUCAAUACAGCCAAGCUAGCCAGAGCCUCAGCAACCAUAAAUGCUCAAGGUGCAGCAACUGCUCAAGGUCCCAGCCCGAGAUCCAGUGCCGUAGUGUUAGCCAGUCUUCACGUGCAGCCAUGCCUCCGGACACUUAUCGGCGCACCUUGGAAUACGUGCAGCAGUGUCAGCAGCUCGCUGCCACAAAUGCCAUUGAAGGACCUGGAGUUCAGGAGUUCCCACCAGUGCCUGUUCAGCCUGCAGCAGCAGUUUCGCAGCCUCAACCUGUCCAGCCGGCUGUUCCUGCUGCCCAGCCAGUGGGUGGAGUCCAAGCAAGUGCCGUGCUGCAGCCGUCAGACACACCUGCUCAGGCGGGUAUGGUCCUCUCUCCUGGUUGCAACAAAGUGACCAGCACUACAGACAAGUCAGAGGUACAGCAGUGUCAGUUGGUAGAAGGACUUCACCAGCAGCAGCAGCAGACGCAGCCAAGUGCAACAGAAAACUGCAACACGGUGCCAUCACCCAAGGUUUCACCAAACAAAGCAACUGCCCAAAAGAACCCUGUCAACCCUGCCAGGGCCUUGAGUGCGAGAGAGAAUAGACCACAUCCACAUUCCCCUCUCCUGUGCACCAGCAACAUGGUGAUCAAUGACAUGAGUGCGACAUUGUCAUCCCUGAUGCAAGAGACCAAGUGCCUGCACCUGCUACAGUGAAGCAGCAGUGAGCUACAAUGUCCGCUGUCUGGUUGUGGUGUGUGCAAGGAAAGACAGAUGUUUAAAGAGGUGUUCCAGGUGUCGUGAAUGCAAAGAGCAACUUUGAUGUGAAGACUGAAUCUUGUGGUUUCUUACAAACUCAGGAAUAACUUUUGCACUUGUAAAUAGCUGUACAAAAGAGUCUGCAUGUGCGUUUGUUGUAUCAUUCAAUCACGUUUCAUUGCUGCCUUUAUCCUAUUGGCACCUUGUUGCAACUUUGUCACCAGCGUUGCCUUAUCAAAGUGCAAUUUUUAUGUACACAUAUUUCCAACAGCAGCUCAUAAAUUAUUUGUUUUUUGUCCUGACGAUGAAGUAGCUUUAUUAAAGCUGUGCUGUUUGUCCCA